GAGUGCUCUCCAUAUGCAGCUCACUUGUACGACGCCGAGGAUCCCUCCACCCCUGUACGGACAAUACCAGGACUUUGCCAGGACUAUUGCCUGCAAGUGUGGCACAAGUGCCGCUCCAUUUUUCGCUUUCUCUCUGCAGACCGAGAGUUAAUUGCACUGGAGAACAACGCGGCAAAAUUCUGCCAGUACCUGUCCUUGGAGGACACGGACUACUGCUUUCCACACCUGCUGGCUAACCAGAACCUUAACCAAAACCUGGGGUUAGUGACCGCCGGGGCGGAGGGUUGUCUCCAGCUCUGCCUCAUGGAGGUUGCCAACGGGCUGCGCAAUCCUGUGGCGAUGGUGCACGCCAAUGACGGCACCCACAGGUUCUUCGUUGCGGAGCAGGUGGGCCUGGUGUGGACCUACCUCCCCGACCGGUCCAGGCUCCAGAAGCCCUUUCUGAACAUCAGCAAAGCCGUACUUACCUCACCUUGGGAAGGGGACGAGAGAGGUUUUCUAGGUAUUGUCUUCCAUCCUAAAUUCAAAUUUAAUGGUAAAGUCUAUGUCUACUAUUCAGUUGAAGUUCAUUAUGAAGAGAGAAUACGAAUCAGUGAGUUCAGAAUUUCUCCUGCUGACAUGAAUGCUUUGGACCACGGUUCUGAAAGGAUAAUCCUGGAGAUAGAAGAACCUGCUUCCAACCAUAACGGAGGAGAGCUGCUCUUUGGAGAUGACGGGUAUCUCUAUAUAUUUACUGGAGAUGGAGGCAUGGCUGGGGAUCCCUUUGGGACCUUUGGAAACGCCCAGAACAAAUCAACCCUGCUGGGCAAAGUGCUGCGGAUCGAUGUGAACAACAACGACCGCGGGCCCCUGUACCGGAUCCCUCCCGACAACCCUUUUGUGAGCGACCCCCAGGCUCGCCCUGAGGUCUAUGCCUACGGCGUGAGAAACAUGUGGCGCUGCUCCUUCGACCGGGGCGAGCCCGGCAGCCAGGCGGGGCGGGGGCGGCUCUUCUGCGGGGACGUGGGGCAGAACAAGUACGAAGAGAUCGACAUCGUCGAGAAGGGGAAAAACUACGGCUGGAGGGCGAGGGAAGGGUUCAGCUGUUACGACAAGAAGCUUUGUGCCAAUGCCUCCAUGGAUGAUGUGCUUCCGAUAUACGCCUAUCCACACGCCGUGGGGAAGUCCGUUACGGGAGGCUACGUCUACCGGGGCUGCGAGUUUCCAAACUUGAAUGGCCUGUACAUAUUUGGUGAUUUUAUGAGUGGACGCCUGAUGUCUUUGAAGGAGGAUGGUGCUAGUGGGGAGUGGCAGUACACUGAAAUCUGCAUGGGAACGGGGCAGACGUGCAUGUUCCCUGGUCUUAUCAAUAACUAUUACCAGUACAUCAUCUCCUUUGCUGAAGAUGAAGCGGGGGAACUUUACUUUAUGUCUACUGGUGUACCAAGUGCCACAGCUCCCAACGGAGUGGUGUACAAAGUGGUGGACACCUCUAGGAGAGCACCACCCGGAGAAUGCCAAGUCGAGCCGUUGCCAGUGAGAGUAAAAAGCAAGCGCACCCCGUUUGUUCCAAAGGAGAAGUUUAUUAUGAAGACGCCAGCGCCACGUCCCCGACCGAGGGCCCCGGGCGAGG